UAAGAAGGACGAGAAUCUCCCCUAGAUAUUUAAAGCCCGCCUUUUGAUUCGUGAUUGGGUAGGAUGUAGGGGGGAAUAGCGAGUUUUCGAUUGGACAGCCGUCCUGCCCUUCACGCCCUGCCCAGUUGCAUGGACAAAGAUGGCGGCGAUAGAAGUGGAGCGUCACCGAGGGCGUCUGGCGGCCCUGGCCAUAGCAGUGGUGGUGAUCGCUGUGGGAGUUCCCUUGUGGUGGAAAACCACUGAGACAUACAGGGCAUGGCUACCUGUCACCCAGAUAAACCAGCUAGCUCGGCUGCAGCUACAGUUGAGUGUGGAAGUGGAGGUGGUGUUCUCUAGAGGAACUCUGACUGCUGAACACCAGAAGAAGAUUGAUCCCACACACACACGCUUGGAGGAGCACCCUGUGGACGAGACCACAGUGUUGAGUUACAGGUAUGAGACGAGAUACAGGACAGCUACCAUCAUGGAGGAAGAUGCUCUGAACCAGCCCACUGCAGCAGAGACCGAUCAGUCUCUUCAUCUGCUCAGUGAGAGCCCCUGUGGCUCCGUGGUCAUCUAUGUGGUCCCAGAAUCCUCCACACUGCUACCUGAGGGUGUGAGUGUGUACGUGGGUCAGAGGCGGACGGCGCUGUUGCGUGCGGGGAGGCCAAUGAGAGUGGGCGUCGGCCUGAAGGAGGUGCUAGCCCACCUGGAGACCCAGGUACAACAGGUUCUCAAGGUCAUGUCAUUCAGCCACAGUGACAUCACCGCUGCCCUUAGCGACCGCGUCCGCCUCGACUACAGUAGCAGGGAGGGUCUGGCCGACAGCAUGAGAGCCUUCAAGUCCAGUCCAGGUUAUGAAAUAACCUUCAGCCUGUUGAACCCUGACCCUAAGUCUCACCAUCUGCACUGGGACAUAGAGGCAGCAGUCCAGAGUUAUAUCCAGCCUCUCCUGUCGAAGCUGGCCCCGGUGGCCGACUUCAGUCUGGACUCACAGAUCCUCUACUACGCUGUCCUUGGGGUCAACCCACGUUUUGAUCCCUCACUCAACGCCUACACACUCAACGCUGACAGCCUGUCUCACGUCAUUAACCCCGUAGAGGCCAGGCUGGGCUCCAGCGCUGCGUCAUCCAACCCUGUCCUGAACUUCCUGCUGUACGUUCCAGACGCACGUCACUCCCCCCUCUACAUCACCGACCACCGCAAAUACACUGUUGUCUCCAACGCCUUCAGCUCCCCGCGCUGGGGAGGCAUCAUGGUGUAUAAUGUCAAUGGGACAGAGCUUCCUGUUCACAUCAACAUAGACAUGACCAGAGUGAUGGGAGUCUUCCUGGCACAGCUACGGCUGAUGCUGGGUGUCCAGUCGUCAACCCCUCCCCCUGGCUUCCUGGUUGGCCCGUGUGGCCCAGCGGGAUUGGCUGACUGGGAGUUGGAUCGCCUCCUGUGGAGUCGCAGUGUAGAGAACGUUGCCACGGCAACAACAACUAUCACCUCAUUGGCCCAGCUGCUGGACCAGAUAGGAAACAUCGUCAUCAACGACAACAUCGCAGAACAGGUGUCAGCAGCAGUUGCCUCUCUUCAGUUGGCUGUGGGUCAGUUGGAGGCGGGGAACCUGGGCCUGGCCCUGCAGUACAGUAAGGAAGCUAUCCUCCAUUCAGAACGAGCCUUCUUCGACCCCUCCCUCCUCCACCUCCUCUAUUUCCCUGAUGAUCAGAAGUUUGCCAUCUACAUCCCUCUCUUCCUGCCCAUGUGUGUCCCCAUCCUGCUCUCACUGCUCAAGAUGGCCGCCGAGGCCCGCCAGAGGCGAAGGGAGAGACAGGACAAGAAGGAGUGAGAUGGAAGUUAUUAAAAUGGAGAGAUCGACCGAUGAACGGGCACACGCACAGUUGGUUCACUGAUCAACAAAGUGUUUAAAGGAAACUGUCUGGACUCAGAAAUUAUGUUAAGACCAUUAGAAAUACAUGGGUCCGUAUUGAUCAAACUUCUCACAAUAGGAGUGUUUAUUUAGGAUCAGUUUUGCCUUUCAGAACACAAUGAAUAAGAUUACAUGGACAGGGGGACCUGAUCCAAGAUCAACACUCCUCUGAUUACAUGGACAGGGGGACCUGAUCCUAGAUCAACACUCUUCUGA